AUGCCAGAAAGACCAAGAUUUAAGGAAGGUUUAGGUAAAAUCAAAGAUGAGAAUCUUUUCAAAGAAAUCAACAAAGUUCCAUUAUUUAUGACUGAACUGCCUGAGGAUGAAAGAGAAGAAAAUUCUACUUUGUCAGCUUUACAAUCUUUGAUUUAUGAUGGACCACCAGAAGAAAUUGCAGAAAAUUUUAAGAAUCAAGGAAAUGAAUGUUUCAAAUCUGGCAAAUCGCAUUAUCAAGAUGCAAUAAAUUUUUACACUAAGGCAUUGGAUACUGAUUGCAAAGAUAAUAAAAUAAUUGAAGCUUGCUUAACUAAUAGAGCUGCUGUCAAUUUGGAAUUACAAAAUUAUCGUAGAGUUUUAAAUGAUUGUGCGAAGGCAUUAAAAAUCAAUCCUAAAAAUAUCAAAGCAUUCUAUCGAUCUGCAAAAGCUUUAUAUAUGCUUGAUAAAUUAGAUGAGGCUUUGGAUUGUUGUGAUCAUGCACUUUUGAUUGAUCCAAAUAACCUUGCCAUGCAAAAAGAGAAGGAAAAAUGUAUAAACCAUAAGAAGGUCUUGGACGAGAAACGACGAAAACAAUUAGAAUUGGAAUUAAAAAAAAGAGAAGAAAAAAAUGCAUUGGAAAAGGCGAUAAAGAUUCGCGAUAUUCAAAUGGAAUCAACUUCGAAUGCUCCUGACUCACCACAUUCUGUUCAUCUUCAUCCAGAAUCACAACAAUUAAUAUGGCCUGUUUUUUUUUUAUAUCCAGAAUACAAAGAGUCAGAUUUUGUUGCAGCUUUUAAUGAAGAUACUACAUUUCUUGAUCAUUUAGAAUAA